GCCGAGCCGCAAGCCCCCCUCCUACCCGCCCCGCCUCGCCUUCCCCGGGGCCCGGAACCUUGCGCGCGCGGAACGUCGGUGCCGGAGCCGGGGCGCAGCGGACCCGGAGCGCGAUGGAGCAGGCGCGCGGGCCACGGGCUGAGGUCGACGCGCCGCAGGAGGAGGAGGAGAAGGAGGCGGGGGCGGCCAUGCCUGCCGUGGCGGCGGUGGCGGGUGGCACGGGCCCGGCCGUGUUGCAGGUGGCCGGUCUGUACCGGGGGCUGUGCGCUGUGCGCAGCCGCGCCCUAGGCCUGGGGCUCGUGUCCCCCGCGCAGCUGCGCGUGUUCCCGGUGCGCCGCGGCUCUGGCGGGCCCGCGGGGGGCGCCGACGGCAGCGGGGUCGGGACCGAGCUCGAGGCCAACCCCUUCUACGACCGCUACCGGGACAAGAUCCAGCAGCUGCGCAGGUCUGACCCAGCUGUUUUUGAAUCCCGACUGGAAAAGCGCAUUGAGUUUCGGAAGCAGCCAGUGGGGCACUCCAGGCAAGGUGACUUUAUCAAAUGUGUAGAACAGAAGACAGACAUCCUGGGGAAACAGCCUGUGAGCAGAGGAUUCACUAAGGACAAGACUCUCAGUUCAAUCUUUAACAUUGAGAUGGUGAAAGACAAAACUGCAGAAGAAAUAAGACAGAUUUGGCAGCAGUAUUUUGCAGCAAAAGAUACAGUCUACGCAGUUAUUCCUAAAGAGAAGUUUGACUUGAUCUGGACCCGGGCUCAGUCCUGUCCAACAUUUCUCUGUGCACUACCAAGAAGGGAAGGUUAUGAGUUCUUUGUAGGACAAUGGACAGGUACUGAACUCCACUUCACUGCACUUAUAAAUAUUCAGACCCGAGGGGAUGCUGCAGCCAGCCAGCUGGUUUUAUAUCACUACCCUGAACUUAAGGAAGAAAAGGGCAUAGUGCUGAUGACAGCAGAAAUGGAUCCCACAUUUCUGAAUGUUGCUGAGGCACAGUGCAUUGCCAACCAAGUUCAGCUCUUCUAUGCCACUGACCGGAAGGAGACCUAUGGGUUAGUGGAGACCUUUAACUUCAGACCAAAUGAGUUCAAAUACAUGUCUGUCAUCGCUGAAUUGGAGCAAAGUGGACUUGGAGCAGAACUGAAGUGUGCCCAGAACCAGGAUAAGACUUAGAGCUGUGAGGGCUGGCUUACAGAGUCUGCUUAGCCCAGGGUAGUUUUCUACAGCCCACCUGCCCCUUGAACUUUUGGGAGCUUAGGAGCUAUAAGGAGCAGUCUCUAAUGGGUUGUCCUGUGUGCUUAUUGCAAGAAGUAAUCGUGGAGGUGAGCCCUAUUACUUGAUAUUCAGGAACAGAGGUACCCAAACAUUCUGAUAAUUAUCUCCCAGCAUACUUAAGCUUUCCUUUUAAAGUGUUUGAGGUCAUAACCAGAGAGAGCUAAGGAUCCACAGGAUGGCAACUUGACUUUACACAGUAUAAUAGUGCUACGUAUCUCCUUUUGACCACACAGCUCCCGGAUGAUUAGUUCUUCAUAUUUAUAAACUUGUGACAGGAUAGUAAGCUUGAAGACCUGCUGUAGUUAGAUGUGGGCUUUGCAUACUCUUCCUCUGUGCCCCUUGGCUGGCCAAAGGUAUAGCACAAAUAUCCUGUUUAGACUCUAGAACGACCAGAUAUUGCCAUCAGGAUUCAGACUUCAUCUAGAUGUCCCCAGAGUGCCUCUAGUGUAGCUGGUUUGGAGCGUCAGUAGAUUUCGGGUCUAGUGAAACACACAAGUACGGUUCCGGCGUACUUUUAAACCACAGUUUGUUACACCUGUUCCUCUAACUCUGCCUGUUAGAAGCUGUGUAUUUGGAGAGGGUGGAUCAGUGCAGUGUAAGUAAAUCCACACUUUUGUAAGGAGAGGAUCCAUCCUGAUUUGCAUGUUUUGUUUUGUUUCAUUUUUUUAAAACAACUCUAAGCCAUGCCAGUACUGUAUGAAAAAAUAGGUGGAAGCAAAUGUUCCCAAACUGGGUAUGGGGGAAAUGUAGCAAUAAAAUAAAGUCUGGCUUACAGUCUUUUUACACUGAGCAGUGAAAUCUAACCUAUGUACUGUCCUUGGUGUCAGUGCAAAUCUCAUCUUUGGACUCAGCAUUUGCUUGAAAUACCACAAAUAAGAAAGGCGUUCCCCGGCACUGGAAGCUCCCAUUUGGUUUGUAGUGUCACUGCUGUGGCUCCAAGCUCAGUGCUAGAAGAGGGCAGUGGUUACACACCAGCCUCCUGAAUCUGAGGUCCCAGGGCCCCCAGUAGUGUUGUGGACCCCCUUUACUAUGCCUUGCCUUUCUUGAUCUGGUGUGCUCCACUUUGCUACUCCUGCCUGAGGCCUGCUUGUGUGACACUGAGUCGCUAAGUGGGAAGGUAACCGGUAGUUGCAGCUGGUGUGCUUGUGUAUUUUCUUUAUUACGGAAGUUUAUUUAUAGGUUGGACCUGUCCCCGAGCUCUUUAGAUGGGAUUGGACUUCGUGUUAUUUUCUGGGCUGUGUCUGUUUUGUAAUCCUUCUGAGUCUGUGUGUAGAAAGAGAUAGUGUUUCUUAAACCUGGAAUCGCUGCUAGCCUUUCACAGUUUCUCUAAAGGUUGAGCUGUUUCCUGAUGCAAAUUCUGGACCUGCCUCUGGUUCUGACAGUUCCUUUUUUGAGAAACUUGAGUCUGGAUGUUUUGAGUCCCAGGAAUCUUUGGCGUCAGGUGGAGUUACCUCCGUGGGUAUCCGGUUAUGUUUGCUUUUCCCUUCAGAUGGACCCAGUUCUUGGCCAUUGUACAUUUUCAUAACGCCUCCACCAGAGGGUGAAAAGAUGAUGGGAGAAGAAAUAAGAAUUGGCUGCUCGUUCCUCCCAGCCUUGCCCUAAAUCCCCAUUUGCCAGAAAGGGAUGUAUACAUGGACAGUUACAUUGGACAUGAUCAAAAUGCCAUCUGGCUAUUCUUUAUAUUUACCUGGUACGAUCUGGCGAAGAACCAAAAGAAAAUGUUAACAGUCAGUAAAUUUGUACCCAGGUGCAACAUGGUGUUACAGAAAGUGGACAAGCUUUAGAGUUAAAUGAAUCUGGGUUCAGAUGUCAGUGUUGGGAUUCAUUAGCUCUAUGUUGUUGAACAAAUUACUUAAACCCUCUGAUUCUAUUUCUCUGUCUAUAAAAUGUGGAUGAUAAUAAUAAUAAUAUCUACCUCAUAGGAUUAUUGUGAGAAUUAAAUAGGCUUAUACAUAGACUACAGUAGAGCUUAAUAAAUGUCAACACCCUUCCUCUUUUCUAAUUCCCCUCUUCUCUUUAAAGACCAACACAAAUUACCAUUUCAGACAUGCAGGUCAUUCUUCAUUGCGGUGUAAAAAGCAAACCUUAUCUCAGAAGUUCUCAAACCUUAAGUUACAAUAGAAUUACCUAGAGCACUUUAAAAUGCAGAUUCUCAGGUAUCCCAGCCUGCUGGAUCAUAAUCUUUGCAGGAAGUGCUGGGAGUCUGCAUUUAAUAUGUGCUUCAAAUGAUUUGGAUGUAGGUCAUUAACCAGUUACACUUUGAGAACCAUUGCCUUACUGUUCUUCACAAAAAAACACCCAUUAGCAAGAUCUUUCUUUCCUGUGGACAUUAAACUUAGGAUUGGUUCCUUUGCUCUUGCCCCCCAUAGUUGUCUCCCUUUGCAUUCUUUACAGUAUAAGUGUGUAUGUAUGUAUCUUUUUUCCCCACUAGACUGUGAGCUCCUUGAGGGCCAGGGUUUAUCUCCAUUCCCAGUGCCAAGGACAUGGCCUGGAACAUAUGAAGAUACUCAGUUGUUUGUUGAAUAAAUAAGUGACAUGGAUUUUAGCCAAAACAUUAUCUUGUUAUGUAUAUGUACCUAUAAUUAAAUACUCUGAAUUUAAGAGACUCUCUCAACACACAUAGAU